GCACCUGAACGCAUCAACAGACUCCAGCUUCCUCACACUGACGCACACGCAGCUAGCGGCUGCUCUGCCAAAAACUAUUGUGUGUACCAUUGUUGUUGUUGUCGUCAGACGGUCUUACGCAUACUUGACCACCUGCCAUGGAUUGGGCUUUCCGGACUGAGGGCUGCUGUGGGACAGUAGACCAGAGGAUGUGAAGGACAGCAGCUCCGUAGCCAUUGGGACCGAACAGCACGCGGCAGACAGAAUGAAUACAAAAGGAAUCCCAGAGAAGAAAAUACGAUGGUGGAGACAGCAGCAGCAGUAGCGGCGGGAGGAGGAGGGGAAGAAGCGGCUUUCACAUCCACCAGAGUUACAGUUUUGUAAAAGAAAAAAGAAAAAUCUCUCGUUAAGUUGAAGACAGGGUUAUUUCGCUGGAAAAUCUUUUCAGGAUGUCGGAUCCGAGUCACUGUUCUGCGGUUCCGAGCCAGAACAAAUCCCGUUUUGUUCCUGUUUCGCUGCUGAAACGAUCCAAAAGCUGUCGCAGCAGCAACAGGAAGAGUCUCGGCGUCGGGACGCCCUCACCCACGCUGUCACGGCCUCUUUCCCCACUCUCACUCCACACAGCUGUGAGCAGCCCUCUAGACAGCCCUCGAAAUGUGUCGACCAGUGCCUGCCUCAACUUUCCAUUUGCCCGAAGUCAUUUGGCUCGUGCUGAAAGAGCUGAGGGCCGACGAUGGUCUCUGGCUUCCCUCCCUUCAUCCGGCUAUGGAACCAAUCCGCCGAGCUCCACUGUCUCGUCAUCCUCAUCCUCCCAGGAGCGUCUUCAUCAGCUUCCUUACCAGCCAACCCAAGAUGAGCUUCACUUCCUUUUCAAGCACUUCCGCAGCACAGACAGCAUUACUGACGAGGAUGGACGGCCCUCACCGGUCAUACGACCUCGGUCAAGGAGCCUCAGUCCCGGGCGAUCCACCGUCUCCUUUGAUAACGAGAUAGUCAUGAUGAACCAUGUUUACCGAGAACGUUUUCCAAGGGCCACAGCCCAGAUGGAGGAGCGCUUGUUGGAGAUUGUCACCCAUUACUCUCCAGACAGCUCCCUCCGGUUGGCUGAUGGCGUGCUGGGCUUCAUCCAGCACCAGUUGGUCGAGCUGGUCAGAGACUGUCUGGACAAGUCUCAGAAAGGCCUGGUUACUUCCCGCUAUUUCGCCGAGCUGCAGGAGAAGCUGGAAAAGCUGCUGCACGAGGCCUUUGAACGCUCUGAAAGUGAGGAGGUAACCGUCAUCACCCAGCUGGUGCGGAAGAUCCUCAUCAUAAUCUCUCGGCCGGCUCGUCUCCUUGAAUGCCUGGAGUUUGACCCAGAAGAGUUUUAUCACCUGCUUGAGGCAGCAGAGGGUCACGCCAAAGUGGGCCAGGGGAUCAAGACAGACAUCCCACGGUACAUCAUCAGCCAACUGGGUCUGACCCGAGACCUGCUGGAAGACAUGGUGCAGCUUGAACAUGACGCCAGUCCUUCAGUGUCAGUAGAGCCAGAUCCUGCAGUAGAGAAUAAAACCCCGCAGCCACUAACUCCAACCCGAAGGAAACCUCUGGAGAGUGAUUUUGAGACCAUCAAACUCAUCAGUAAUGGAGCUUAUGGGGCAGUAUAUUUGGUCCGCCACAAAGAGACACGGCAGCGGUUUGCCAUGAAGAAGAUAAACCGCCAGAACCUAGUGCUGAGGAACCAGAUCCAGCAGGCGUUUGUGGAGCGGGACAUCCUGACUUUUGCUGAGAACCCCUUCGUUGUCUCCAUGUUCUGCUCUUUUGAGACACGGCGCCACCUCUGCAUGGUCAUGGAGUACGUAGAAGGUGGAGAUUGUGCCAACUUGCUGAAGAAUAUGGGCCCCCUACCUGUAGAAAUGUCAAGAAUGUACUUUGCUGAGACAGUCCUGGCGCUCGAAUACCUUCACAACUAUGGCAUUGUGCACCGAGAUCUUAAACCUGACAAUUUGUUGAUCACAUCCAUGGGCCACAUUAAGUUAACCGACUUUGGACUGUCUAAAAUCGGCUUGAUGAACAUGACCACCAACCUGUAUGAGGGUCACAUAGAAAAGGACACGAGGGAAUUUGUAGACAAACAGGUGUGCGGCACUCCCGAGUACAUCGCUCCAGAGGUGAUCCUCAGACAGGGCUACGGAAAGCCGGUGGACUGGUGGGCGAUGGGGAUCAUCCUGUACGAGUUCCUGGUUGGCUGCGUUCCAUUUUUUGGAGACACAACUGAAGAGCUUUUUGGGCAGGUCGUCAGUGAUGAAAUCAUUUGGCCAGAAGGAGACGAUGCCUUACCUGCUGAUGCUCAGGACCUAAUCACCCGCCUGCUGUGGCAGAGCCCUUUAGAACGACUGGGAACAGGUGGCACCUCAGAGGUCAAGCAGCAUCCUUUCUUUGUGGGUUUGGACUGGAAUGGACUCCUCAGACAAAAAGCAGAGUUCAUUCCUCAGCUGGAAGCAGAAGAUGACACCAGCUACUUUGACACUCGUUCUGAUCGCUACCAUCAUUUGGCGUCUGAUGAAGAUGAAGAAACUAAUGAUGAAGAGUCAUCUUUGGAAAUCAGGCAGUUUUCCUCUUGGUCUCAUCGUUUCAGUAAGGUUUACAGCAGCACAGAACAUCUGGCAACACCAUCCAACCUGAGCUUCUCUUCAGACCGCAGCCACAGCGAAGAGAAGGAGGACCGUGGUGAUGUCGGGGGGCUGAGUCUGUCCCUGAGCCCAGCAGAUGGCUGUUUCGAUAGCAGACACUCUGCACGCAUGGCCAGCCUUCGCCCUCGGGCGUCCUCCAGUUCCUCACAGUCUGAAAGGAGCGCAAGUCCUCUGGUGAUGAGCAGCACCCACAGCCUGGAAACAAUGCCCCGCUUCGCCCUCUCCACCGACGAUGAGGCUGAAGUGGUGGUGUCAAACCUCCGGAGGAUCCGGAUUCGCAGCAACAGCACUGGAGCCAAACACUCGUCCCCCAAGGAUCCAGCUGGUCCCCGACGCUUCGGCAACCAGCUGGAGACACCGGACAGACAGAGGCUUCCCUGCGGAGGAAAGGUUCCCAAGUCAGCAUCUGUCUCAGCCCUGUCCCUCAUCAUCACUGCAGAUGACUCACCAAGUGGUCUCCAGCCCAGUCCCAUUUCCCCACGUUCGCUGUCUUCCAACCCCUCCUCUCGUGACUCGUCGCCUAACAGAGACUUUUCCUUCAGCACCGCCAGCUUAAAGCCUCCGAUUAUCAUCCACACGUCAGGGAAGAAGUACGGCUUCACCCUGCAGGCCAUCCGGGUUUACAUGGGUGACAGCGACGUCUACACUGUCCAUCAUAUGGUGUCGAGUGUGGAGGAGGGCAGCCCGGCUCACCAGGCAGGUCUCCGCACCGGAGACCUCAUCACCCACGUGAAUGGAGAGUCUGUGCAAGGCCUGGUCCACCCAGAGCUGAUAGAGCUGCUGCUGAAGAGUGGCAACAAAGUGGCUCUGCAGACCAUAGCCUUGGAGAACACAUCAAUCAAAGUGGGUCCAGCCAGGAAGACCAAACACAAAGGCAAGAUGGCCCGACGCAGCAAGAAGAGCAGAAAAAGAGAUAAUUACGACAGACGACGGACCAUCCUAAAGAAGCUGUCCAAGCAGAGCACGGUGAUGCACAGCAGCCGGAGCUUCUCCUCAGGUCUUCAUCAUUCCGUUUCCUCCAGUGAGAGCCUCCCAGGCUCCCCGACACACAGCUUGUCCCCCGGCCCCUCUACACCCUGCAGGAGUCCAGCACCAGAUCAUCAGGGCUGUGACAACUCUCCCCAGAGUACGUCUCCUUGCUCCAGUUCUCCCAGUUCUCCUGCUACACACAUUCGGCCCAACUCUCUGCACGGCCUUGGCUCCAAGCUCAGCACGCAGCGCUUCACCAAGGUGGGCCGUCGGAAGUCCACCAGCAACAUCCCACCCUCUCCUCUGGCCUGCAACUCUUCCUCGUCCUCCAACCAGCCUCUGUCCCCACAGCGCUCGCCGUCCCCUCUGCCAGGCUUUGCCAAAACUCUCCACACCUUUCACGGUAAAACCUUAUCGCCUCCCACCAUUGUCCGGCAUGUUGUCCGGCCCCGCAGCGCAGAGCCCCCUCGCUCCCCGUUACUCAAACGGGUGCAGUCAGCGGAGAAACUGUCUGGCCUCUACCACGCCGAUAAGAAGUCGUACGCCCCCCGCAGGCACACGCUGGAGGUGCCGUUUUAUUGCGAGGGUGACCUGCUAGGCGACUCUGAGGUAGAGGGGAGCUGUGGAAGCUUUUACAUCGGAGCAGACCACAGCAGACUGGGAGCCUAUGGGGGCGGUCAAAGGACGGAGCGAUCGGAGCAGCUGGUCGUGAUGCGCAAACUCAACCUGUCUGAGCGACGGGACUCCUUCAAAAAGCAGGAGGCAGUGCAGGAGGUGAGCUUCGACGAGCCCGAGGAGAAAAGCAGCAGCAGCUUGGUGACGGGAAUUGCCGCAUCUCCAGGACUCCAAACAAGACCCCUGCAGCAGCAGAAGCACAGGAUGACGUGGAUGUCUAGUCGGCCGCAGAGCAGAGAGGAAGUGGAGCUGGAAGUGCCAGUGGUCAGGAGAUUCACCCUGGUCCCUCAGAUCGCUGUGCAGGGUUCAACAGAGAGCGAGGAGCAGGAUGAGUGGGAGCCCUGCUCAGACGGAGAGGAUGGAAAUGAAGAGCCCGAGGUGGAGAUUGCUCCGUCCCAGCAGCAACAAUCAGAGCAUCCUGCGUCUGAUCAGUCUCAGUCAGCGGGAGACGCUUCCUCAGCUCAUCAGCCCCAGAGCGCAGAGAGCAGUGAGGAAACUCAGCAAAAAGAAAACUCCAAAAAGUGACGCUUUAUCGCUUUAUGGGGAACUUUGAAGGAAGCUGAGCUGUUUCCGCUUAAACCCAAAUGAACUAAACUCACGGAAGAAGCUCCUACUUGAAUUUUGUAUGGGAAAAAUUUGCAGACUUUCUGGUUGUAUUUAUUGUGUUUGUAAGAAGAAGAGGGACGAGGAAAGGUUCUCAUCGUCUGAACAGCCAAGGUUAAAGCUUUUUGUAUCCAUAAAAUGUGCUUUUAUGUUUUUGGAAUGGUUUUCUGUUUUAUAAAAAUGUCUAUUUUUUAAUGAAAUUGUGGUGGUAUCGAGGUAAUGCUGGAUAAUUGUAGGACCAAAUGGAGUGAGAAGUCAUUAUAAAAAUUAGGAUUAGUUUUUUUUCCCCUCUGAGUGUUUGGAUUUGAAAGCUUUAGAUGUACUGAUGACUAUUAGUCAUUUAUUCACACUGCAAGGUACAUGAUUGAUUCAUAAUUUCAGCCACAGAACACAAUAUUCUUGGACUUUGUUGCUUGGCCUCUGCAUUUUGUGGCUUUAUAGCAUUUUAUUUUAUUUUAAAAUUGAUUAUUUGUCUUUCUUGCAAAGCUCUGUUUUUUUUUGUUUUUUUUUUCAUUCAGAUUCAACCAAUCAGAGCGGAGCAGUGUCUCAAAUCCCACUAAGACUCCAUCUGGGUGAAACUUUGAAGUGCAAUCUGUUGUGAAGACUAAAAGAUCCGUAGAGUUUGAAGUGCCAUGAUAUCAGAGCACCAUCCUCCUAAGCCAUAUCUCUGAUGCUAAAACCAACAACUCUACAUGAAGCAUUUUUAAAGCAACUCUUCCCUACUGGCAUCCCAAUCUUCAAAUAGGACAAUCAUGAAGAUGUGUAUAUUGCGGCUUUUCCAAGUGCGACAUUGGUUUGUGUCACGCUGCAACGUCUUGCUGAGCGGCCAAAUUGGAAGAGUUUUAUAGAAAGCGGGAUUGUUUUUUGCUUAUUUAAAUCCUCAUUGUGUUUAUCUUAUAAUAGUUUUUACCUACUAUCUCAAUUU